CACCUCAUUUCAUUGAAAAGGAGAGAAUUCCUUGACCUAGAGCCAGAAUCUGUACUGUCUGGUCCAGCGCGGUGGGGUAGAGACAUAAUACGGCCCGCACAGAAAACGGGGAAUCUUCUGGCGGCCAGGUUUCCAAAGUAAAUAAAGGAGGCUGGUUGAACAGAACAAGAUCCGAACGGGAAGUGAGAGGCUCUUGGUGGUGGAAGCUCGCCAUGCCCACAGGAGCCGGGAUGAUGGGAUGCCGCAGGAAGCUGGAGAGCAUCAACCUCAACGCCUUGCCGCUGGUGGCCGUGGAGGAGCACCUGGCCGUCUCGCCCACUGCGCGGGAUGAGAUGAAGAGAGCCGUGAGGAAGAUUCUGAGAGACAACCCACCCUCGUGCCUCAUAGGCCCCAUACACCUGGUGAAUCGAAGGAUUGCUGAAAUAGGGCUGAGCCCCAGCCCGUGGAUGGACAGCCUGGCAACUGAGAAAGAUGAGCUGGAGAAGAAGGCUUUACGAGAGAAAAGUCGCAUCAGCCUGGGAGACAGAGACAAGAGUCAAAGGGAGAAGGAGUCCCUCUGCAGAAGGGCAGAAUUCAGGGGUGUGAGAGUGUCCAUUCCUAAGCGGAAAAUAACAGAUAAAAAUCUCCUGGCAGAGUUGUACCAGAGCCCACAAUUUAACAGCGCUGGGCCGAACCAGCUCCCCAACGGGGUGGACUUCUGCGACAUGGUGGGCAACGUGAUCCUGGCCGAGAGGAACCCCAUGAGCGGUGUGUCUUUCUGUUCAGAAAGAGAAUUAGAGAAGUUCCUGUCUUCUCCGUCCCCAAAGGCCAUAUGGCUGGACAGCUUCUGGUGGAUCUUUCAUGAGAGGUACCAGCCUAACAAAGAAGCUCAGAAUAAACUGUUUGACCGGAUAGCACAACACUACGCCUUUCUUCUGUCUUGUGACACAAGAUCCCAGUAUGAAGAGGCAAUCUUAAAAAGGCUGCCGUCACUUCUGAGCAAAGCCCUGUACACCAGCUUCUGCUGCUGCUUCCCGCAGUCCUGGUUCAACUCGCACGAAUUCAAGUCUGCCAUCUGCGACACCAUGAGCCUGUGGUUCUCAGGUAUAUAUCCUCGCCCGCAGAGCUAUGAUAAGUGGGACUAUUCGAAACUGGAUCCAGAGAGAUUCCGGAGGGAAGAAUUAAUCUCCCAGAGAAGAAGAAUGAUAAAGGGAAAAGAACUUUCUGCCUUCUCUUUUAAGAGAAUCUCCUCCCAGAAGUCGCCCUGGAAUGGGAAAGCCCAGUUUCCUCAGACAUCCAGUGUCAAUUCAACCAAUGAGAGUGUCAGCUGCACCAAGAAGACGCUAGAAGACGGCUCCCAGGGUGCCUCCAGAGACAAUCCAACUCAGACUCUGGUCUUAAGGAAAGCCACACAGCAAGUCAAGAAGAUAACAGAGGCGCGGAUGAACGAGCUCCUUUUUCAUAAGCAGUCUCACCCUAUCUGCAAAAGCCCUGCGAUGAACUCCAACCUCUUCAACAUCUAUGGGAAGAGCCCUCUGAUCGUGCACUUCCUGCAGAACUAUGCCAGCCUGCAGCACCAGGGCCAAGACGUUCUGGUACGCAGACUGGAGAAGCCCAAGACGGCGCCAUAUCCUCCCCGGUACACGGAUAUCAUCAGCCUGACCCUGGGCAACAUGAAGAGGCGCAGUCUCAAACUGCACCAGCUGAACCAGCUUCACUGGCAAGAGUGGCGCUAUUUUGAUCAGUACCUGAAGGAGCUGCAGGACAACUUCCACAGGGAGGUGAAGAAUGUUGAUCAAAGGCAAGCAUAUAAGAAAAAAGCAAACAACAUGUUCAUCCCAUCUUUGAAGACCCCUGAGGAAUCUCCUGACAAGAAAUCUAAAAGAAAUCCCAUUGAGGGACCUCUUGGCAAGAAAGCUAAAGGGAACUACCAGAGAGAAGUUGACUUUCUUUCAAGGUAUAUUUGAACAGUUUAUG